UCUUAUCGCUUCCUCUUUAUUACAUCAGACCUUAGCAGAGCCAAUUUCAGUGUUUUGAUUAUGCCUUUUCCACUUUCGAUAUUGCUUUUGGCUGUAGGUGUCCGUGAGGCAGUGAAUUGGCAGACGCUAACAUGUCCAUACGAACUAAAGCAUGAGAGCCUGCGGAGGAUUUGGUGCAGGCAGAGCUCCACUGAGUGCUGCACUGGCCUCACCUUCAGCCAGAAUGCACGCUCAGUGGACGGAGGCAAACUGAAGGUUACUCAGGGCACCAACUUUUUCACUGUGGCAGUGCUGGAGCAAAGCCAUGGAGAGGGAGUGUACUGGUGUGGUGUGCUGAGCAGAAACAACACAUCAUCAAGCUGGCUGAGGACUACUUUCACAGCUCCUUUGAAGCCUCUAUCUGGAGUUCCACUCGCUGGUUUCUGCUACUUCUGCUGCCCGUGGUGGCCAUAUUCACCACUGUUUACUGCAGAACAGGAGGAUUUUUUAAGCAAGCAGAAGAGCCACAAAAUGAUACUGCUGUUAACAGAGCUCUGACUGAUCCUGAGUAUGAGAAUGUAACAUCUUUCUGAGAGCUGGAAAGGAAGGAAAUGUUAGAAUGCUAUCUCAUAUACCAUCUUAUUCCUGCACCAUUGAGAGACUAACAGAAAAAUGAUGUCAAAGAGGUCCAGAUCUAACUUACCUUACUGUUGCUUUGCAGCUUAGUGGUGCUGAAAUGGUUUCCAAAAUUGUGUUUUGAGGGUGAAAUUCUUUCAGAAAGUGACACAUGAAAUGCCCUUUAUGAAGAAAUAAGUUUGCAUUUAUUGGACAAACCAAACGUUGGGCAAACUCACACAGUGUAAAGAUGGAACAUGUCAUGGGGUGAAAAAUAAAUGAAGGGAUUCAUUCCAAAAUGUCAUACAUCCAUGUGGGAAAAACAUCUGAAAUACAAUAUUUCUUCUAUACACUCAGCCGUCAGUUUAUUAGGAACACCUGAAUAAAACUAAUGUGGUGCUGUUAAAUUGUAAAGUGUCAUGCUGACAGGUUUGUUAUUUUGUCCUCCCCAUUCAAAUGGAUGUAGGCUAAACAACAGAAACACCUACCUGUAUAAUGUAAUACAGUUCAGCAGCACCACAACCUGCAGCCUCCAAAAUCAUCAUAUAGUUGAAUAAACACCUCUAACACAGUUUCAAAUUAAAACUCAACAUUAUUAACUGUUGUGUUAGACUGCAGUAGUUUCAGCUAAGUGUUCCUAAUAAACCAGCUGCUGAGUGUGUAAUCUAAGUACAUAUCCAUUCUCAGAAAUGUUUCAUCCAACUAGGGAAUUCCUGUUAAAAUAAUUUUAUAGGACCUCAGUGACAAUGUUUCCACAUGGUGUAUAUAUCAUUUUGGAAUGAAGCCCUUCAAAUAUAUAUAUAUAUAUAUAUAUAUAGAUAUUCAUUUGUAUACUCUAUACAUUCUCUUUUUACUGUACAUUUAAGUCUCAUGCUUUGCUUGAAACUGCUUUCAGCAUUUAUCCUCUAUCACAUGACAAAAGACCAAAACAGUAUUCAGGAUCAAUGCUGCAUAGUUUCAACUUUGGAAUAUCAAACAUAAUUCCUUUGUAAACCAACAGUGUAACCGUGUAUGGGAGAUGGAAAAUGUAUGAAAUCUGUCGCUUGUCAAAACAUGUCUAAAAAUACACAUUAUCUUAGAUGCAAGAAUGCUUCACUUAUUUGAAAUAUUUUGGUGAUGCAAUUUAUGGGAGAUACUGAACGUCAUGAGCAGGCAAUUUGAGGCAUUGGACAAAAGAAAUAACAUGUGAAAAGUGUGGUAGUACAUAUCAGCAUGUACAUUUCCUUAAAAGCAGUGGAAAUAAACCACUGGAGAAUGUAUUACAGGAGAAAGUUCCCAAAUGUGGACAACAAUGAGCCAAAAAAGCUGGAUGAUGUGUUGUACUGUUGAGGACAGGUUCAGCUCUAAUCACACAAACAAAACUCCGACAUUUUGAAACAAAACAAAACAAAAUGAAAGCAAUAAAUAACACAAGAAUAAAACAAUGAGAAGUUUUUGGAAAUGUUGCACAUACAGAGAAAUAUUAACAUAAUUCCAUAAUACUCCUUUAUAAGGAUGGUGUUUUGCUGUCCAAUGAGAUUCAAACAAAAACAGAAGACAAAUGUACUGAUUAACUGCAAUGUUACA